UUCAAUUAUUUCUUUGUAUAUUGAUUUUUAUUGGGAGUCAUGGAUACAAUACUUACUUGUUAUCAUUAAAAUAUCAGUAUAAAAAUAUGAAUGAACGCGAUUCAUUAGUUCCAAUCAACAAUGACUUGGAAAAGAGAAUAGCAGAUGCUUUUUUGAUAUUUGAUCAUGCUGGUAAUAAAACAGUGGAUGCUAGAGAAAUUUCAACAAUCGUCCGAUCUUUAGGUUGCUGCCCUACAGAAGCUGAAAUUCAAGAAAUUAUUUUAGCAAAUGAAGAUCAAGAGUCGCCUGGAAACGUUCAUUUAUCAAAUUUUUUACCUUAUAUGGUUCAAGUCAUCACUGAAAGAAGAUUUCAACCUGCCCCAGCUGAAAAAUUGCUGGAAGCAUUCAAGGUGUUGGAUUCUAAAGGGAAAAAAUACUUAACAAAGGAAGAAAUAACCUCUUUAAUGACAGAAGGUGGAGAGCCUUUACAUCCAGAUGAACUUCACGAAAUGUUGAGAGUCGGAAUAGAUCCUGAGAAUGAUACUUUUCCAUACGAAGUUUACAUCAAUGAAAUUAUGUUUGAUUAA